GCAUGGCCACCCCGCCCAAGAGGUUCUGCCCAUCCCCCUCCACCAGCUCCGAGGGGACGCGCAUGAAGAAGAUCUCCAUCGAGGGGAACAUCGCUGCUGGGAAGUCAACCUUUGUGAAUAUCCUCAAGCAGGUCUGUGAGGAUUGGGAAGUGGUUCCUGAACCUGUCGCCAGAUGGUGCAACGUGCAAAAUACUCAAGAUGAAGUUGAGGAAUUGACAACGUCUCAGAAAAGUGGUGGGAAUGUUCUUCAAAUGAUGUACGAGAAGCCCGAACGGUGGUCUUUCACCUUCCAAUCCUACGCUUGUCUCAGCCGGAUCCGAGCUCAUCUGGCCGCUCUCAAUGGCAAGCUCAAAGAUGCGGAGAAACCUGUGUUAUUUUUUGAACGAUCUGUGUAUAGUGACAGGUAUAUUUUUGCGUCUAAUUUGUAUGAGUCUGACUGCAUGAAUGAAACAGAGUGGACAAUAUACCAGGACUGGCAUGACUGGAUGAACAGCCAGUUCGGCCAAAGCCUUGAACUGGAUGGAAUAAUUUACCUUCGAGCUACUCCAGAGAAAUGCUUAAGUAGAAUAUAUUUAUGGGGAAGAAAUGAAGAACAAGGCGUUCCUCUGGAGUAUUUAGAGAAACUUCACUAUAAACAUGAAAGCUGGCUCCUUCAUCGAACUCUGAAAACCAACUUUGAUUAUCUUGAAGAGGUGCCUAUCCUCACACUGGAUGUCAAUGAAGACUUUAAAGACAAGCAUGAAAGUCUGGUGGAAAAGGUCAAAGAAUUUUUGAGUACUUUGUGAUUGUCCGGGAGAUUGCAGAUGACAAAAUGUCUCCAGAUGCUUCAGCUUGUGUGUCCUGGCAGCUUGAUGUUCAUCCGAAGGUCUUCCCAGGAUUCAAGUUUUAAACCAGUUUUGUUUGGCGGACAGAAGCCUUUUCUAAUAUUGAGAAUCCCCUGUAAACUUUGAGCCCCUCCUUUACUCCCUGUCACCCUCCACUUCCUUCCACAUGUUAAAUGAGAAGUGUUUAUCUCACUGCGAAGUCUGGAGGUCGAUGUUUUCAGAAUCGGUACAGCGAGUGGAUAAACUGUUGUAGAAGGCCCAGCCUUCCCCUGCCCUCUCGGUGGGGGUCCUGAGCAGGUUGACAUGUUUUCAUUUUCCCGUUAAUGGCCACGUCAAUGUUCUAUAUAAAGGAUGUGUGUCUUAUGUAAGUGAGUAUGCCUGCCCAUUACAAGCUGAGAGGUAGAGUUUGGGGAAGCUCUAGAAUAGGGAUUUGGUUGAGGUGUGUGUUUUAUUUUUCUUCUGUUCCCUUGAGUGAUGCUGGACAUUGAACCCCCAGGGUCUCAUUCAUGCCAGGGAAGCUUUCUACAGUGAGCUGUCCUCCGCCCCUGACAUGCUGUUGUUACCAAGUGCCUCUCCUCCUACCCUAUGAACGUUAUCGUCACCUCGCUGAUGUUUACUAAUG